AAAUAUGGAGAAAAACAAGUAUAGAUAAGAUAUGUAUAUGUACGGAGAGUGAAUGACACACAUUGUUCCCUCUUGUGACACAACCCGCGCUAGAUCGUAAUUGGAUCGGUACCCGCGGGAUGCACUAAAAAAGGGCUGUUGUUGUUAAUUCUUUGGCGGCUAUCAUUAGUGACACAACAGAUCUUUACAUAGAAUCUGUAACAUAAAGUUUGGGAUAUUGUCACAUCACGGAGAAUGGUAUGCUUAAAAACUACCGGCAAACGAUGCUCCAUUUUUGAUGUUCCAGAAAACAAUGUUAUUACUGGAAGGGAUUCUUGAAACGAGCCAAGGAAUUACAAAUAGGCCAAAACUUUUAUCUGACUGUGGUGCGCCCAGAGCCAACUUUUCAAUAAGUGACAUUUUGGUUCUUCAGACCACGGUGGUUGGAGUGUAGCCAGAUCUGGCAUAUGUUGUGGGAUCUGCAUCGAAAUCAAGAAAUUUUGCUGUUUUUUUCUUUUAAAUGAGCAACGUACCUUAAGUUUCGUUCGCUGGCCAGCAGAAGGCCGCGUCGUACUGGAUAGCGAAAAGGAAGUAUAUUAAUGCUCAAGUAACUGAAUUAAUUCAAGGACAAAAAGAAUGGCUUGGAAACCUAGCUCAGAGAAAGCGAAAUAUGGAGUUGCCAUAUAUAACUUUGAUGGAGAGAAAGUAAAGCUGGGAAUUUCUUUGAGGGUUGGCGAGACUGUUCAGAUACUGGAGGAAUCUCAAGAUUGGUUCAGAGGAUGCCUUAUAAAGAACAAAGGGAAGAAGGGUAUAUUUCCCAAAAAUAUAAUUUGCCUCCAAGAUGCUAGGGUGGAAAAUCCAGGGUACUAUGAAGUUGUUCAUCCCCAAGUAGAGCCAAUAGUUCAAGAAGUAACAACCGUUCUUAGAGAAUGGGGUAUAAUAUGGAAGAAGUUAUAUCUUGAGCAAAAUUCACAAAUGUUCAUGGCCCUGAGAAAAGUAAUGUUUGAUCUAAUUGAUCACCGGCGUCAAAUCAUGUCAAAAACAUUGACACAGGAUCAACAAAGAGAGAUCAAACACUUAAUUACCAAAAGAAUUGACUGGGGAAAUAGUAAACUUGGUCUAGACCUUGUCCCUCGAGUGGAUGGGGACAUAGUUGAUACAGACACUCUGAGUAUGGUUCAACUAUACAAUGUACAUGUGGACAGCACAGAAAAUAGCAAAUCAAUUUCACGAACUGACUCCGGAAAAACAGCAAUGUCAAGUCUGGCAAAGGGCGGACACAGGCACUUGUUAAUGGAGAUGAAGAGUUUCAUGGUGAAUGUGGGGGAAGAUUCUGUAAUAUUUUUAUCACUCUACGAUAGCAAGCAAUCCGAAUAUAUCAGUGAAAGAUACAUGGUCUCGCUGAGUAAACAUGGCAUGCCAAAAGAUCUCGAUAAACUAGAGAAAAUGAUUGCUGUUUUUUCGGACCUGACAAGCUCAGAUUUGCUUCGUGAACUGUAUCUCGUCUGCCAUGUUUUUAGACAAGGUUCAGAUAGUGAAAGAAAAUUAUCAAGAACUCGAAGUUUGAAAUCAGGAAAACUCGUGAUCGAUUCAAAGAAGAACCCGCUGACUGCGUUUCGACGGCCCUUUGGUGUUGGAGUAAUAUUUGUUGCUGAUGUUUUGAGGGAAGUUGUCGUUGAUGAGGAACAGAAAGAGUUCCUUAUGCCCGUAUACAGUUGCAGUGAAUCCGAGUUCCAGUAUUUAGAAGAAUACAUAAUAAAGAAGCAAACUGCCAAAUUUAGCAAUUCUGGCUCCAAUCAAAACGAAAUUUGCAUUGGACUCAAACUGCUACAAGGUGACUUGGACAAGAUUAUCGACGAAAAUCCAUUUUUAAAGAAAAGCAAAGUUGCAGUCACAAGGCGCCUGGGAUUUCCAGACAUAGUCAUGCCAGGUGACAUUCGCAACGAUUUUUAUGUCACAAUUUCACAUGCUGAUUUUGAAAGAGGUGGCAAAACUGCGCAGAGAAACGUAGAAAUAACCAUGUCAGUUGUGACAGACAAAGGGAGAAUUAUUAAUGACUGUAUUGUUCUUGGAACCGGAGAAGAUCCUGUUUCCGAAUAUCAUUCAUCUGUUUUCUACCACAAUAAUAGUCCCCAAUGGAACGAGAAAGUGAAGAUUGAAAUCCCUUUAACUGAAUUCCACAAGGCUCAUUUAAGAUUUACUUAUAGUCACUGUACAAGACAUGAAGGACGUACAAAGGGAGAGAAAUUCUUCGGUUUUUCAUUCAUCAAACUUGUCAAUGAAGAUGGUACAGUAUUACGAGAUGACGAUUAUGAGUUGCUUAUUUACAAGAUGGACUCUCACGUCAACUUCACAGAUGUAUCAACAUACAUGAAAUUGGCCUCGCACCAGACAGACCUAGAUGCCCAAAAAAGUGCAGGGAAAGUAAUCAGUGGGCCCAGCAGAAGCACAAAGGAAUCAUUUACAAUAAAAACCAAUCUAUGCUCUACAAAACUGACUCAAAAUUCUGAACUCGUUGGUUUGCUCAAAUGGAGGCUGAAGCCUGAUGACGUUGUCACUGCACUAACGUCAGUCUUAAGAGUAGAGGCCAAAGAAAUCGUUAAGUUUCUCCAAGAUGUUUUUGAUGCAUUGUUUAAUAUUUUAUCAGACCGAGAAAAUGAAUGUGCUAUGGCAGUUUUGAAAGUUUUGGUUCAUGUAAUUUGUUUUGUUGAAAGUGAAAAAUACAGGAGAUUCAAGUCUACAAUCGACAGUUAUAUAGAGGAACAUUUCAGCGGGGCUCUUGCUUACAAGAGCUUGAUUUUGUGUUUGAAAGAAGUUCUUCAAUCAAAAGCUGAUCCUGAAUCAAAACAAAUGCUUACAGAUACAAUGAAGAGCUUUCCAACGGUGCUGAUAUUUAUCAUCAAAUCAAAGUUUCUUCAUAGCAGAUCUUCGUCAUCAUCAAGUUUAGGUGAAUUUCAAGACAUGCUGAAAGAUUUAUUCUCAAGCCUUUAUAAAAUGAUGCAAAAAACCUCGGAGCCGAUAGAAGCAAAGAUAAAUGCAUUAGAUCAAUUCAGCCAAGUCGUCGAAGAGUUGUCUAAAGUUUUUUCUUCGAAAGACGUUGGCUCUGUGAUAUCUGAUUUUAUCAACUGCGUUCCGAAAGUUGUUGGCUCGUCUUCAACACCACUUCGUGUUGCCAAAUUGAAGUGCAUUCGUAAAAUUGCAGGGAGCUCUCUAUUUAAGGACCGAGCCCUACGUGAGACAUUUCUUCCAACACUCAUCGACCAUGUGCAGUACUAUAUGAAUACAAAGCAAGAAUUAGCUCUUUGCCUCGAACUUCUCGGUGAUGUCAUAACAGCUUUGCAGAAGUCAGACAAGGAAAUGGUGUUCAGUGAUAUUUCCCUGCUGGGCAAAUCUUUACUGUUCAUCUUGUUAAAUAUCUAUCUGACCAUUGACAGGACAGGAACGUUAAGGGGCUUAACCGUUGCUUGUCUGAUUGGGCUGUUAAAACUAAUGGAGGACCAACACUUCAACGAGCUCUUAGCGUCCUAUGACGAUAAAAAAAGCUUGAAGGAAUUUUUGAUGAAAAUAAUGGUGGCCUUCCAAGUGCUUCUAUCUCAAGAUGUCUUCCCAGAAGAUUGGUUUGUGCUGAGAAUCGUCUCCAACAACCUUGUGCUUACAGCAAUCCAGUAUCUUUCGAAAGCUUUCAUCGAUCAUUUUCUAUUGGGAACAGAUUUUGAGUAUCAGCUUUGGAACAAUUACUUCCAACUGGCAGUUUCAUUUAUUGUUCAACCAUGUCUUCAGCUAGAGACUUUCAUGGAAAACAAACGAGACAGAAUAAUCGACCGAUACGGAGACAUGCGGCAAAUCAUGGGUAUGGAACUAGUCGAUAUGUGGGAAAACCUUGGACCGCAAAAGAAAAAUUUUAUACCUGGUUUAAUAGGACCCUUUUUGCAAGUCACACUUACCCCAGAAGAAGAACUACGCAAGUCAACGAUACCAAUUUUUUUCGACAUGAUGCAAGUUGAGUUUGCUGAGGAAAGGAGUUUUAGAAAGGUGGAGACAGAAUUAAUCGACAAAUUGGAUAUUCUAGUUAGUGGUGGCCAAGGUGACCAGGCAUAUGAAGAACUCUUUAGGAAAUUGACUUUGCAAAAGCUCGAAGAAUGCCAUGAUCCAGGGCUACACGAGAACGGAAGGAGAUGCAUUGAAUCGAUCACACAGCUUCUGAAGAGGCUACUCGAUUACAGGGCUGUCAUUGCUAGUGAUGAUUGUGGAAUGGAUGAGCAGAUGACUUGUACAGUCAGACUACUAGAAUUCUACGAAAAUCUCGACCGAAUGGAUAUGUAUAUAAGAUACAUAUACAAACUUUGUGAUCUGCACAUUGCUUGUGAAAACUACACCGAAGCUGGAUUUGUCCUGUUCAUGCACGCUUCUCUUCUUGAUUGGAAGGACAAAUUGAAAGAAGAGGAACACUCUUACCCUGUUCAGCCUGAAUGGGAAAGGAAAGAACAAUUGUAUCUGCGAAUUAUCGAAUAUUUUAAUAAAGGAAAAAUGUGGGAAAAUGGCUUGAGUCUCUGUAAAGACCUCGCAAAAAUUUAUGAAACUCGUCUAUUUGAUUAUAACAAACUUAGCAAAAUAUUGCGAACCCAAGCUGAGUUCUACGAUAAAAUCAUGAAGGAACUUCGACCAGAACCAGAGUAUUUUAGAGUUGCCUUUUAUGGUGAAGGCUUUCCACAUUACCUCAAGAAUGAGUCUUUUAUUUAUCGCGGUCUUGAAUACGAGAGAUUGGCAAGUUUCACACAAAGAUUAAAAGCACAGUUUCCAAAUGCUACGGUUAUGUCGACAAACAAACCCUUAGACGAUUCAUAUCGAUUAUCACAAGGUCAAUAUAUCCAGUGUUGUAACGUGCAGCCAAUAGCUGGUAAAAUUCGUGUUUUUGAAGGAAAACAGGUCAGCGAAAAAAUAACAAGUUAUUACAACGUGAACGAAGUUAAGGAGUUCAGAAAUUCAAGGCCAUUUCAUAAAGGGAAAAAGGAUGAUGAAAACGAAUUUAAGACACUUUGGUUGGAAAGAACGACAAUGAAAACUGUCAAUAGCUUUCCUGGUAUUUUAAGGUGGAGCAGAAUUGAAUCGUGCCACAGGGAAGAACUAGAUCCACUGGUGAAUGCCAAACUGUCUAUUGCUUCCAAAAACAAAGAGUUGGCUACUCUUGUGAGCCAUUACGAAGGUUCUGCAAGAGAAAACAUCAAAUCUAUGAGUAUGGUAUUGAAUGGUGUCAUAGAUGCCAACGUCAAUGGCGGAAUAUCUAAAUACCAACAGGCCUUCCUGAACGAGGAUUACUUGGAAACGAACGUCGAGAAAGAAGAUGACGUGGAAGAAUUAAAAAUGCACUUAAGAGAACAGGUCGACUUGUUGGCGUCUGGGCUAGCAUUACAUGAAAGAUUGACUGACGCAUCGAUGAGACCAUUCCACGACAAAAUGGUUACAAUGUUUGCACGAAUGAAAGAGAGCAUUGAAACCGGAGUACCUGUUGAGAUGAUACCAAUCACAGACAACACGCCAGGCUCCUUUAACAUUUUGGAAAAGACCAUUCCCAGAUCCCCCAAGUUGGCUCAGCGAGGCUCAAGAGAAAUUGCAAGUCCGUUUGAACCUGAAAAGCCUCCUUCCAUGCGUCAAAGAAUAUCCAUCGUGGGCAAAAGGAUAACAGAUACAUUCUCCACAUCGAGCUCACCCUCGGGCGAUUCGCCUUUCGAUUCCAAUUCUGGAAACAGCAAGUCAAGCAAAACCAUGGAACGUCGAAUAACAAAUUCACGAUCAACCAGUGCAUUAUCAGAAGAAUUGUCGAAUGGUGGUCCCCCAGUGCCCCCAAGAAGGGUGUCAGUGCCUUCAUUCUUGACAAGAGGAUCGGCUUCUUUUUCACAUAAGGCAGGAAAAGGACUUCUAAAGCCAUCUACAAACACACUUGGAAAAAGUGGAAUUCUGGCCGGGUCGGCUCCAGCCUUGGACAAUAUUACUGAAGAUGAACAAGCCCCACCUAAGUUACCAAUGAAGAGAAAAUCGACUUUGUCAAGUUCUCUUGCUGCCUCUAAGUAUGAUGAAGCAAUUGGUGCAAACCUAUCACAACACGGAACGCACUGUCAGAGCGCUUUUGAAAUCAAUAAAAAUCGAGACUAUUCGGAGCAGACGUUCCAAGCCUCACUUGUGAACGCAGACCAAAAUGGUGGCGUUGGCAACGGUUUAGUGAAUGAGAGGCCGAAAUCAAUGCCUCCAGAUGCAUUUGAAUCUGGGCGACCGAUCCCAGUUUCACGCCAUGCAUCAACAAUGGCAUCUAAGGAACAGCAAACACAAAAACGGCCUAUUCCAAAACCGCGCCCGCGUACAAUGAUACUCCGAACUGAAUCUGCAGAUAACUUAUUGACUUCAAAGACAAUGUCUGCAGAGAAUUUAUCCAAAUCGAUUCCUGCGGGAGAACGGAUGAGAUCUGGUUCGGAAAUAGCCUCUGCUGGCCCGCCAGUUCCCCUUAAACGUGCGCAACGAUAUCGCUCUCAGGAGGGCAUAUGUGACGAUGUAAAUUCAAAGGAAAGCAGGUUUUAACUCGCCAAACAAUUUUCUAAGAUCUGUUGCACUUUUGUGUCGUUGGUGCCAAUUGAUCAAAGGUAUUGCUCGGCUAUUUAGGCCCAGAAUAGGGACAAUUUUUUCACAACAAUUUUGAUUUAUAAAAGGAUUUAUAAAUGUCAGAUAGUAUAAAGUAAAUAGUAGGGAUGUCUAAAAGUAAGAUGGUACUCAGUUAUCAGGAUUUUAAAAUUUACUUUCUUUCCAGAGCAAUUUUCAUUCCAGAGCAAUUUUCUUUCCAGAGCAAUUUUCUUCCCAGAGCAAUUUUCUUUCCAGAGCAAUUUUCUUUCCAGAGCAAUUUUCUUACCAGAGCAAUUUUCUUUCCAGAGCAAUUUUUGCCGAAUUUUGAAAGCUUUGAGGAUUUUUCACUUUUUACCAAAUUCAUUCAAAUUCAAGUUUUUUUCAAUAAAUGAUCCAGUGCUUCUUUUUGUAUGAAAGCUGAUAACUGAGAACUGCCCCAGCCUUGUAGCUAAAACUAAAGCCUUUCCAAAUUCUAUAUUUUGAUCUAACGAUUUUUUGUAAUUUCCUCAAAUAUAUUUGUACAUUUUGAAUAUCGUUUUAUAACGUUAUUGGCCGUAUUUAGGAUUUGUUUUUAUAUAUAAAUUAGCAGGGAAAGAAGACAGCGACUGUAUAUACGUAAUUUUAAGUACUUUUUGCUAUACCAAUUUUGAUUAAACAAAGCCCAACCGUUGAACAUGUCACAGUAGUUAGCCAUCAUUCGUAUAUUCAUGCCGUCGUAAAAUGUGCUCGUUUCCAA